GCUCUGUGGAGCAAGAGUUCUUACACUGGAUCAGAUUGAAGGAUUGAAGAAUCCUGAUGUGCAAUGUUGGGACACUGAAGAAGGUGAUGAAGGUGAUCCUCCAAGGUUGUGGGUGCCAAAUGGGAUGUAUCCUGGUACGGCUUUUACAAGAAGUAUAGGUGAUUCUGUGGCUGAGACAAUUGGUGUUGUUCCAAAUCCUGAAAUUGUUGUUUUGGAGCUCACCUCAAAUCAUCCUUUCUUUGUGAUUGCCAGUGAUGGGGUAUUUGAGUUUCUUUCCAGCCAAACCGUUGUGGAUAUGAGGUCUCUAUCAAUUGCGCUGUCAAUUUGCGCUCUUAUACACCGGCGAUAAUAAUUCUCCCACGAAGAUUCAGAUUCAGAUUCUGGUCAAUUCUCGCCGUGUAUAUACUUUUCCAAGUCUCCGCAAACCCUUUGUUCCGUUCAACAUCACCGCCGGACAGAUUUUCGUUAACUUCAAGGGUUGCAAUCCAGGUUCUAUUGUUCCUCUCUUGUCUUGAUACUUUAAUAGUUUGAUAUUUUAGUGUAAUUGUAUCUCCUUGCCUGCCUAUUUUGUUCUCGAAUCUUUAGUUAGUAUUUGCCCUAGCAUUGUCAAAUUAAUUGCAUUAGUGAUAGCU